GGUUUUCACAACUCGAAUCUUACUUUUGUUCUUGUUCUUGUUCCUGCUAUUUCAAGACAUGAAUCUGAUGAAUCAAGCUUGGGUAUGCAACUUGAUGAUCAUGCAAGGGGAUAACUCAAUAUCUAUUGAAUCAUCCCUAGGUGAAAACUCAUCAGAAAACGCCGUUUCUUCAACAUCUUCAUCAGACUUGGUUGAGGAUGCAUCUUCUGCAACAUCAUCAUCAUCAUCGUCAUCCAAUGGACCUCUUUAUGAAUUGUCAGAUCUCAUGGCUCAGCUACCUAUCAGGAGAGGGCUUUCUAAGCAUUACCAAGGGAAGUCUCAGUCUUUCACAUCAUUAGCAAGGGUGAUGAGCAUAGAGGAUCUUCCAAAGAAAGUGGUUAGAGGCAAGAUGAAAUCAUGUAAGAGCUAUGGAUGGGGACUUGAUGGUUGUCAGAGAAGCAAGUCAUAUAGUCCAAAGGCUACCAUAUCAAAGAAGGGUUGUUAUAGUAGUAGCUUUUUCCUGUCUCUAGUAAGACAAGUAGUAAAAUGUAGUGAUUAGUGAAAAAUGAAGGAC